GCCCUGGAGGGGCUGUUUAGUCCAGCACCCCAGAGGCUCAUUGGGGCUGGGCUGAGCAGUGUCAUGCCCGGGAGCCCACGGACCGCUCCGAGCUGGGUGCUACUGCUGCGGCUGCUGGCUCUGCUGCGGCCGCCGGGGCCUGCCGAGGCGUGCAGCUGCGCUCCCGCCCACCCCCAGCAGCACGUCUGCCACUCAGCGCUUGUGAUCCGGGCCAAAAUCUCCAAUGAGAAGGUCGUUCCUGCCAGUGCAGACCCUGCUGACACUCAAAAAAUGAUCCGGUAUGAAAUCAAACAGAUAAAGAUGUUUAAAGGGUUUGAAAAAGUCAAGGAUGUUCAGUAUGUCUACACGCCUUCUGAUUCCUCCCUCUGUGGUGUGAAACUGGAAGUCAACAGCCAGAAGCAGUAUCUCUUGACUGGUCAGAUCCUUGGUGAUGGAAAAGUCUUCAUUCAUCUGUGCAACUACAUUGAGCCCUGGGAGAAUCUGUCCUUCUUGCAGAGAGAAAGCCUGAAUCACCACUACCAUCUGAACUGCGGCUGCCAAAUCACCACCUGCUACACAGUGCCCUGCACCAUCUCAGCCCCCAACGAGUGCCUGUGGACAGACUGGCUGCUGGAACGGAAGCUCUAUGGAUACCAGGCCCAGUAUUACGUCUGCAUGAAGCAUGUAGAUGGCGUCUGCAGCUGGUACCGGGACCAUCUGCCCUUCAGGAAGGGGUUUGUUGACCUCAUCCAGCCCUAGUCAAGGCAGACCACCACCUGCCUUCAGGAGUCCUGCAGCCAAGCCAGGUCUCCAAGCCUGCAGAGCUCUGGCCGCUGCCACCAGUCUCAUCAGGGCCAGCCAGGGGAAGCACAAAGUGGCUGGCCUGCCAGCACUAGGGCCAGAAUGGGCAUGCUCCCCCAAACCCUGAUCAGUGCUGGGAGGUAACCUAGCUCUGCAACCUGCCCUCAGUCCUUCUCCCCUGCCUCCCAAACCCUUCAGUCUAGCUAGUACUUGUUAUUGAAUGUUUUGAUUCUGACUUAUUUUGUUUCUCAAAGCUUGAACCAUCCCUUUUUCUUCGCACGAAAAUGAGUUUUCUCUUACCUUAACUGGCCUGCUAGGGAGGUAUGGGGCAAACUGCACCUAGGCAAGGGUGUGGCCCUGGCAUGUGCACCCAGAGGUGCAUCAUAAGCACAAAUCAGUAUCACAAACAGGCUGGCAGGGAGGGAGGAAAGAAUACCCACUGAGGCAGUGUGUCCUCCUCUCCUGUCUCAGCUCAUCCUCUUAUUCACUUUCUCUCGGAGGGUGUGCGCUGUGGGGCACAGGAUCAGAGUGGGGACCUGCCUGGGCCCACACCCACUCUAUACCCUGGGCU